AUGGCGGAGUGUGUCAUUUCUUCAUUAUAAAAAGCUAUUCAUCAGUAAGCUGAUAACGUUUGGAUACACAUGGACUCAACAGAAAAAACAUUCACAUCCCAUGUGACAUGGGAAGACUGUGGUGUUGAUUUGUCUCCGAAAUCAGAAAUAAAGCAUCCCCUGAUAAGACAUACAGAAGAGGAGACUUACACGUGUGAGAUUUGUGAUGCCGUUUUUUCACAAAAAAGUAAUUUACAUACCCAUAUGGUAACGCACACAAAACAGAAGCCCUACAAGUGCAAGAUAUGUGAUGCUACUUUUGCACGGAAGUGGGAUUUAAAAGCACAUAUUAGAAUCCACACAGGAGAAAAGCCAUACAAGUGUGUGUUUUGUGAUGCUGCUUUUUGUCAGAAAGGGGAAUUACAAAGACAUAUAAGAAAACACACAGGAGAGAAGCCUUACCAAUGUGGGUUAUGUGAAGCAGCUUUCUCUCAUCGAAGUACUUUACUACAACAUAUAAGAAUGCAUAAAGGAGAGAAGCCAUACAAGUGUGAGGUAUGUGAUGCUGCUUUCACCCAGUCGAGUGGGUUACAGAUACAUUUAAGAAAACACACAGGAGAGAAGCCAUAUAAGUGUGAGUUAUGUGAUGCUGCUUUCUGUCAGAAAGGGGAAUUACAAACACAUAUAAGAAAACACACAGGAGAGAAACCAUACGAAUGUGGAAUAUGUGAAACUGCUUUCUCUCAUCGAAGUACUUUACUUGAACAUAUAAGAAUACACAAAGGGGAGAAGCCAUACAAGUGUGAGAUAUGUGAUGCUGCUUUCACCCAGAGAAAUGGGUUACAGUCACAUUUAAGAAUACACACUGGAGAUAAGCCAUUCAAAUGUGAGUUUUGUGAUGCUGCUUUCUCACAAAAAGGUGGGUUACAGGUACAUAUAAGAAAACACACAGGCGAGAAGCCAUACAAGUGUGAGUUAUGUGAUGCUGCUUUCACACAGAACGGUGGGUUACAGGUACAUAUAAGAAAACACACGGGCGCAAAGCCAUACCAGUGUGAAUCAUGUGAUGCUGCUUUCACACAGAAAGGUGAUUUACAAAAACACAUGGUUACACACACAACAGAGAAGCCAUAUAAGUGUGGGAUAUGUGAUGCUGACUUUUCUCGGAAAAAUCAGUUACAAACACAUAUGAUAUUACACACAAGAAGCCAUGCAAGUAAGAACGAAUCCGAUACAGAUUAUUUCAUGCCAAUUAUGUGAGGUAUGUGGGACUAAAUUGUCUCUGAAAUGCUAAUGCAUACAGGAACGAAGAAAAUUUGGAUAUACAUGUCUUGCUGAUACUUAUGCAACUGAUGAAAAUUACACACGAUAAUGCAUACAGAAUGGAAGCCAUGCAUGUUUGAAUCUGUGAUGCUUGUUCCUCUUAAUAAGGUAUUUUACAGAAACAUAUACAUUUAAGAUGCCUCAUACAUGUGUGACCAAUGUGAUGUUGCUUCCUCAGAGAAAAUUUGAUUACGGAAUCAUUAAAAAUACACACAGUAGAUAUUAUAUUUCAGUGUAAAAGAUGUUGUGAUGAUUUCUCCUAUGUAAACUACCACGUCCCAUCAAAGGUCUCUCUGAUAUAUUAUAUAAGAGACACAUGUGAAGCGGCAAUUCACUGAAUCCUACCCAGCGCAUAUGUGCAGAUCGGAUAUAUUUGUGUGAUUCAUAAUAUUGUUAUUCAGGUUUAUUCCUAACUGUAACUGUGGUUAUUUUAUAUGUUUUAUCCUUUCUUACUUACAUAUAUAUGUGUCUUAAAAUACUUAGAUAUAUUACAAUGUUUAAGCAGUUUUAAUUGACCCAAGCAUUACAUACUUUACCAUUGCUAAACAAUGCGCUGAUGAUUGAAUUUGCCCAAACAAUUUUACAUCUAGUGAUACAAUGUAUCUACAUGUAUAUUUAAAUAUACGUGUUUGCUGGUUUUACUUGUGUUAUAAACAAUGUUGUAUUUCAAAUGAAAUCCAAACUGUUACUACGGUUCUUUUUUAUGUUUUAUCGUUUCCAAUCGUAUUAUGUAGUUGAGUUUUUUUCUGGUAAAAUGCAUUUUAAACCUUUCGUUGUAAAUUGCGCGGACUAAAUGUACAUGUAGAUUCAUGCAUUUGUCACUUUAUGUAAUAAAAUAUUUUUGAUAUAUAUAUCCAUCUGGUGUUAUUCAAGUUGGGGUUUUAACUCUUUAUUUCACCCGGAACAUUAUAGGGGUUGAAUGUAUGUAUUAAUCUUGUCAGACAAAUAUCAGUAAUACCGUAUUUAUGUAGGUUAAUCGCUGAAUCUUAAAAAAUGCUUGAUUUUACUGCUGUAAUUUAAAAAUUUAAUUUAAAUUAGAAAUUACAGGGGUUGGGGAAUUUUGUAGUGCUUUUAUUGCUUUUUGUGAUUCAAAAAGUCAUACUUCAUCCCUCAGGGCACAACUUACAAAUAGACAGAGCAGGAAAAUGGUCAUUUAAAAGGUCAGGGCAAUGCAAGUUGAACAAUCAUAUUGUUCAUGGCUUGUAUUUUUUUGUAUAUUUUGUUGCCUAUGCUAUAAAAAGGUAGAACGUGAAAAAUAACUUCAUAGUUGAAAUGAUGGCUUUGAAUGGUAUUGUCAGAUGAGAAACAACACUAAUAAGAAAUAUGUUAAUUUUAGAUAUUGUAUCAAAAAUAUUAUCUUAUUUUGUACAUGAGAACUUUUAAACAGUUAUUCUUAAUAUAACAAUGUGUAUAUGAAGCUUUUGAUCAACACUCAAAGCUGCACUUUCACAGAUUGUCAUUUAAAACCCUUAAAAAUUGUCUCAAUAUCAGCUGAUUUGGUUAUCAUUCCCUUAAUUCAGUCAUAUUAGAUUAUUCACAAUACAACCAAUCAAAAAUAUUUGGUAAAACUGUCGAAAAGUUCAUAUACAUUAAAUUGUUCGUAAUGCUUUUACCCAUAAAACAUCAUUUUAGCCAUACAUAUGACAAAAUGCAAUCUGAUCUUUUUUUCAGCAGUUUUAUAUUACUUACACAUUUCUGCAAAAAAUGUCUAUUUAUAGACUAACAAUGAAAGAGUACCUGUAGUCAAUACGAUCAAUUGGUGAGAUUGCAGCUUUAAAUACACCUUUUUAAGACCGCUGUAAAAUUCCAAUGGUUUGCCUCAAUCUUUAAAGCUAGCAUACUGUUUAAUUGACAACCAUACUUUUGGUUUAAAAGUGUCAUGAUAUGUUUGUACAAUGCUUUAAUAUAA